GUAGUCUGCUUGGAAUAUCAGACGGACUAACCGCAUCACAGACUGACCCCAAUCUAAGCCCCUUGGUCUAAUCAGCCAACCGGUGGCGACAACAACGCAGUUCCUUCCAGCAAUCAGGUGCAGCCAGUUGCUUCUAAGAUGAUGAUCGAUUCGUGGCUGCCACUUCUCUGCCUUCUGCCGCUCAUGCAGUCGGAUCCUGUUGCUCCCAAGCUGGAUAUUGCUGUGAAGGACUUUCAGCUGGACAUUGCUGUGAAGGACUUUCAGCUGGAGCUGCUGCGCGAGUUAAGCGACCUGGUGCAACAGCGCACUGAGCCGAGUCUCAACGAUUACCUGGAUCGUUUGGGACGCAUUCCCAGGAACGCCAACUAUACAGAAAAGCUGAGUGCAGCCCGUGCCACGCCGAAGGUCCAGCUGAAGGUGACGCUCAUCAAGCAGCUGCUGGAUGUGCGACCUCACCUGGACACGGAUAUGGAGUACACCAUUGUGCUGCGCAACCUGGUCUUCCUCAACCGACUGAGAUCCACGCUGAAGGCGGCCGAGGAGGCUAGCAUACAAGAGAUACGCAUGAUGCGCAUGUACCGCCUCUGCCAGCAACUUGACCGCCCGGCUCCACAUCACGGGAGUCGCCUGAUCAACGAGCAGACAGUCGGCGCCGCGUUGGAGCAGCUCAACCUGACCAAGGCGGAGGUAAACGCCACCGGCUUGGAUCUCAAUGAGUUUGGGGCGCAGCUGUACGGGCGAGUCAAGUUGGCGGGUGCCGAAAUAAUCGACAAUUACCUGCACAUACUGCGCUCCCUGCUGCAGGACAUCAUCGACGGCGACCAUGCCGAUCUGGCCGGGAGCACUGCCAAGCUGGACAAGAUGCUGCAGCAGCUGGACGUCAUGCUUGCCACGCAGGACUUCUUUGAGAAACGGCAGCGAGUGUAUGCGUACCUGGAGACCCAUUUGCGUGUCGAUUACGAGGAUAUGCGGGACACGUCGAGCAGCGAACACAUCACCGAACACCUGCUCAAGCAGCUGCAGACCAAGGGACUGGAUCUGUUCGUCAUCUUUCUGUUCAGCAACUUUGAAUUCCUGGACCUGGUGCACGAGCACUGGGAUCAAAUGCUGCCACAGUCACCCAGUCUCCUCUACGACGAGACCGCCCGCCAACUGUACGAUCUGCAGCAGCUGUACCAGGCCUUCAAGCUGGACACGGAUUGCGAGGCCAAGUACACGGCCUACUCGGACGCACUGCGUCGAUUGCACGAGCGGACCGUGGAGCAGGGCCAGCGCAAUCGGCACAUCUUCGAGCUGCUCCACAACGCCGCCCAAAGCGUCGGCACAGUCACCUUCAACAUGAUCCGGGACAAGUGCAACGAGCUCAGAUGAGCCGGUACUGACAAUUGGUCCUUUAACAUUAUAAUAAACCCAUAUCUGCUACUUAAAUGCUGGCAGUUUCAUACAUUUUAUCAUAUAGUUCCUUA